UCAAUGAGGGCUUAUUUAAAUGAUCUCUGAGGUCUUGGACUCAGGCCAAUCAGCUGUCAGGGCUCAUGAUAAAUCGCAAUGCAUUAUUGAUAAUAAUAAUUACUGGGACAUGCGCGUUCCGGCCGAAGGGGGGUAAAUUUCCCAACUCCAGGAAUUUGUGGCGGAGUGGGCAAAUAACCGCGGCUCUCCAGGCGGCCCGAUGCUCGCACCAUGUCGAGGCGCAAGCAGGCGAAACCCCAGCACAUCAACUCGGAGGAGGACCAGGGCGAGCAGCCCCCGCAGCAGCCGGCCCCGGAGUUUGCAGAUGCGGCCGCAGCGGCGCCGGCGGCGGGGGAGCCGGGUGCUCCAAUGAACCACCCGGGGACCGGCAGUGAAGCCAACAGGGAUGGAAUGACUGCAAAGAGGACUCGUCGGGAGGAGACUCACAUCUGUGAGAAAUGCUGUGCAGAGUUCUUCAGCUUCUCGGAGUUCUUAGAACAUAAGAAAAAUUGCACUAAAACCCCACCGGUGCUCAUCAUGAACGACAGCGAGGGGCCGGUGCCUCCGGAGGAGUUCCCCGGGGCCGCGCUCGGCCACCCGCCGCACAGCCCAGGCGGUAAGGAGGGUCACAGGGAGGAUGGCGGCGGCUCGGGGGAGCUGAAGGAGAAGCUGGGUGCCGAGUCUGUCGUGUACCUGAAGGCCGAGACCGCCCUGCCCACCGCGUCCCAGGACAUAAGCUAUCUACCCAAAGGCAAAGUGGCCAACACUAACGUCACUCUGCAAGCACUGCGGGGCACCAAGGUGGCGGUGAACCAGCGCAGCGCCGAGGCGCCGCCAGCCCCCGUGCCCGGCGCCAGCAGCAUCCCGUGGGUCCUGGAGCAGAUCCUGUGCCUGCAGCAGCAGCAGCUGCAGCAGAUCCAGCUCACCGAGCAGAUCCGCGUGCAGGUGAACAUGUGGGCCUCGCACGCCCUCCACUCGGGCGUGGCGGGAGCGGACACCCUCAAGACCCUGGGCAGCCACAUGUCCCAGCAGGUUUCCGCGGCCGUGGCCUUGCUCAGCCAGAAAGCCGGCAGCCAGGGCCUGUCUCUGGACGCCUUGAAACCAGCCAAGCUACCUCACGCAAACAUCCCUUCCACCGCCAGCUCCCAGGGGCUGGCGUCCUUCGCCCUGAAGCCCGACGGGACGAGGGUGCUGCCGAACGUCAUGUCGCGCCUUCCCGGUGCUUUGCUACCUCAGGCCCCAGGCUCUGUGCUCUUCCAGAGCCCUUUCUCCACCGUGGCGUUAGACCCGUCCAAGAAAGGGAAGGGGAAGCCACCGAACGUGUCCCCGGUGGAGGCCAAACCCAAAGACGAGGCCAUCCUCUGCAAGCACAAGUGUAAGUACUGUAGCAAGGUUUUUGGGACCGAUAGCUCCCUGCAGAUCCACCUCCGCUCCCAUACCGGAGAGAGACCCUUCGUGUGCUCUGUCUGUGGCCACCGGUUCACCACCAAGGGCAACCUCAAGGUGCACUUUCAUCGACAUCCCCAGGUGAAGGCCAACCCCCAGCUCUUUGCCGAGUUCCACGACAAAAUGACGGCAGGCAAUGGCAUUCCCUAUGCACUCUCUGUACCCGUCCCCGUAGAUGAAUCGAGUCUCUCUUUAGACAGCAAACCUGUCCUUGUAACAGGGACCCCCGGUCUAGGGCUACCUCAGAAUCUCUCUUCAGGGACUAACCCCAAGGACCUCCUGGGCGGCCCUCUGCCCAACGACCUGCAGCCCGGGCCUUCCCCAGAAAGUGAGGACGGAUCCCUACUGUCUGGGGGGGGGCCAAACCACACUUCCCCGAGGGUUGGUGGCUUCCAAGGGAGUGGGACCCCCGAGCCGGGGUCAGAGACCCUGAAAUUACAGCAGCUGGUGGAGAACAUCGACAAGGCCACCACCGACCCCAACGAAUGUCUCAUUUGCCACCGGGUCUUGAGCUGCCAAAGCUCCCUCAAGAUGCAUUACCGCACCCACACCGGGGAGAGGCCGUUCCAGUGUAAGAUCUGUGGCCGGGCCUUCUCCACCAAGGGCAACCUGAAGACUCACCUCGGGGUUCACCGGACCAACACGUCCAUAAAGACGCAGCACUCGUGCCCCAUCUGCCAGAAGAAGUUUACGAACGCGGUCCUGCUGCAGCAGCACAUCCGGAUGCACAUGGGCGGCCAGAUUCCCAACACGCCUCUGCCCGAGAACCCCUGUGACUUUGCGGGUCCCGAGGCCGCGAUGGUCAGCGAAAAUGGCAGCGCAGGUGCCACCUGUCACGAUGACGUCAUCGAGAGCAUCGACGUGGACGAGCUGGGUCCCCAGGACGCUUCGGGCAGCUCCCUGAAGGUCCCCGUGCCGCUUCCCAGCGUCCACUCGGCAUCCCCCACUCUUGGGUUCGCCGUGACGGCCGCCCUAGAUGCCCCGGGGAAGGUGGGUCCUGCUCCUCUUGUCCUGCAGCGGCAGAGCAGCAGAGAAAACGGCUCAGUGGAGAGCGACGGCUUGACCAACGACUCGUCGUCCUCGGUGAUGGGGGACCAGGAGUACCAGAGCCGAAGUCCAGAUGUGCUGGAGACCGCGUCCUUCCAGGCCCUGUCCCCGGCCAAUAGCCAGGCAGAGAGCAUCAAGUCCAGGUCUCCUGAUGCUGGUGGCAAAGCAGACAGCUCCGAGAACAGCCGCACUGAGAUGGAAGGUCGUAGCAGUCUGCCAUCAACAUUUAUCCGAACCCAGCCAACCUAUGUGAAAGUCGAAGUCCCUGGUGCAUUUGUUGGACCUGCUACCAUGUCCCCAGGCAUGACACCUUUGCUAACGGCCCAGCCACGCCGACAGGCCAAACAACACGGCUGCACACGGUGUGGGAAGAAUUUCUCCUCGGCGAGCGCUCUUCAAAUUCACGAGCGGACUCACACUGGGGAGAAGCCUUUCGUGUGUAACAUAUGUGGGCGAGCUUUUACCACCAAAGGCAACUUGAAGGUCCACUAUAUGACGCAUGGGGCGAACAAUAGCUCGGCACGCCGUGGGAGGAAGCUGGCCAUCGAGAACACCAUGGCUCUGUUAGGAACUGAUGGGAAGAGAGUCCCUGAGAUGUUUCCAAAGGAAAUCUUGGCCCCUUCGGUGAACAUGGACCCUGUCGUGUGGAACCAGUACACCACCAUGCUCAAUGGAGGUCUGGCCAUGAAGACCAAUGAGAUCUCUGUGAUCCAGAGUGGGGGGAUUCCUACCCUCCCAGUCUCCCUGGGGGCCAGCUCCAUCGUGAACAACACCACUAUCUCCAAGAUGGAUGGCUCCCAGUCUGCCAUCAGUGCUGAAGUGGAAAAACCAGGUGCUGCCGACAGUGUCCCCAAACACCAAUUCCCUCACUUCCUCGAAGAAAAUAAGAUUGCAGUCAGCUAAGCUCUUUGUCGAGGGAGAAAUGCAGGCAGAAUGACCUCUAGAACUCUACUUUUUUUUUUUCCUUGUUAAAAGAACCCAUCUCCUCCUGUUUUUCUUACUGAUGUGCAAAUGAUGUUUACAGUUGUGAUCACAACCUCAGGCAAGUCCUACAAUCAGAUGUUGUUAUGCUGCUUUGCAAAAAAAAAAAAAAAAAAAAAAAAUUGAAAAAAUCGAAAAAAAUCAAAAAAGAGAAAAGAAAUUGAAAAAAGAAAAAAAUUGAAAAAGAAAAAAACAAAAAAUACUAAAACAUAUACAGACUAGAAUUUUUUUUUCUUUAAUUUUGGAAAGAAGCGGGUCCUGCAAAGUAGCGUUGUUACUUGCGACAAACUGUAUACAUAAAACCUUUGUACAACCAAGAGUAACUAUUUCCAAAGACUAUCCUAUUUCAAGUUGGAACUUACUGAACUACAAUGGACAAGACAACUGUUAGCCUAAUUGGGGGAGGGGGUACUGUAUACUUCCCUGGUGACUGUAUGCGGGUACAUGGACAAGAUCUGGCAUCUGUUUAGGGACCUGUUUCAUAUGACACCCCCCCCCCAUCCCUGUACCCAUCCUUCCUUUUUUUUUUUUUUUUUCGUUCCUGAAUGUACUUUUUUUUUUUUUUUCUUUAAGGUUGUAGAAUUACAAAAUUCCUUCAACCUUGGGACCUUAGGUAGGAUACCCUCAAAUGGACUGGUUUAGUCCUUAGGGAGUCAAUGUGUGUUGCUGCUUAUUUAAAUAGAGUUCAUUCGGAGCCCCAAGAGUGCCAAUGUACUCCCUACGCUUUCCAGAUGCCUCCUUCCUGAGCCACCAGGAGGGCUAGGCACCUAAGCAGGGACCCUCAGGUGACUUAAUUUGGUUCGCCAGUGCCUACUCGAUCAAAGACCCGGGUUUUCCUUCUUGAAGAAACUCACGGAAAGGGCAUAUUUCUUACAGGUUCACAUACUACUUUGUACAAAAAAAUGUCCUUGGUGCAGCUUAUGCCAAGUUAGUAUGAAGAUUGUUCUUGAGUAUUGCAUGAAGGCUACGAUGUUCAAACGGGCAAGUCAUGGGUGUGAAAGCUUUAAUUUAUCUACCUCAUUUAUUUUUUAUUUUUGUAGCCAUAGUGUCUAUUUUCCUAUUUUAUGACCGCUGAAGUGUUCUGACGCCCUGUCUUAAACCUGAGUUGAUGUGUGGUGGGAGCAGCUGGACGUUGACGAUACUUUCAUGAUUCUUUUUUUUUUUUUUAACUCUCACCCCCCCCCCUUUUUUGUAUAUGUAAUGAUGAAACAUGCUCUGAUGGUUGAACAAGGAAGGAGAAAGAAAGACCUUAAUUUCCAAGUGGAGAAUCUCCUUCUUUGUGGAAAAGUAGAUCAAGACUGUUAACAAAAGUUGGUCUGUGUUAUUGCACCUGACUUUAGGAUCCAAAAAUUUUUUUGCCACGUUGUGCCUUUCCUUCUGGAAUUGUAAGUUGAGAACACAAUGCUAGUACCUGUUUACACUGUGAAGUGGAUAUUGUUACAGAGAACACACCAGAGCCUUUCUCCCUGUUAAGCAAAUCAUGCCCGUGUGAAUGUAUGAUCUGUGGAGAAACCCCUGUAGUUUUUACCUGCUGAUGCUGUCUGUCUUGUUGGAGAAUAAAUUUUGGAUGUUUUUUUUUUUCUUUCCCCCACGA